CUUCUUUCUUUCCCUUUCAGGCAAUGGGACGCAUCUUUGUGGGGCUUUGCCAGGUGGGUGCAUGGGGCUGCUUUGACGAGUUCAACCGCCUGGAGGAACGGAUGCUGUCGGCCGUGUCCCAGCAGGUGCAAUGCAUUCAGGAAGCUCUGCGUGAGCAUUCCAACCCCAACUAUGAUAAGACCUCUGACCCCAUUACUUGUGAGCUGCUAAACAAACAAGUCAAGGUGAGCCCAGACAUGGCCAUCUUCAUCACCAUGAACCCUGGCUAUGCAGGCAGGUCCAACCUUCCUGACAACUUGAAGAAGCUCUUCCGGAGCUUGGCCAUGACCAAGCCUGACCGGCAGUUAAUAGCCCAGGUCAUGCUGUACUCACAGGGCUUCCGUACUGCCGAGGUUCUUGCCAACAAGAUUGUCCCGUUCUUCAAAUUAUGUGAUGAGCAGCUCUCUUCUCAAAGCCAUUAUGACUUUGGUCUUCGGGCUUUGAAGAGUGUGCUGGUAAGUGCAGGCAAUGUGAAGAGGGAGAGAAUUCAGAAGAUAAAGAGAGAGAAAGAAGAACGAGGGGAAGCCGUUGAUGAGGGAGAAAUUGCCGAAAAUCUACCUGAACAGGAGAUUCUGAUACAGAGCGUCUGUGAGACAAUGGUGCCAAAGCUCGUGGCAGAAGACAUCCCGCUGCUCUUUAGCCUCUUGUCAGAUGUUUUCCCUGGAGUCCAGUAUCACCGGGGUGAGAUGACCGCCCUCCGAGAAGAACUGAAGAAAGUAUGUCAGGAGAUGUACUUGACAUAUGGUGAUGGAGAAGAAGUUGGUGGAAUGUGGGUUGAAAAGGUAACUCGGAUUGUGCUGUUGGCUGCUGCCCGCACUGACCCUGCUGGCAUUAGUGUCCAGGAAUGACAGCCACGGGCCAUUAGAUGAAAGUCUGUCCGUGAAGGCUGGGGAGGUGCAUAAUCUGUUUUAUGAAGAUUUGCCCAAGGCCUGUUCGAAUUUUUCUUUUAUUUAAAUGUAGAGGUAGCAAAACUUACCUGAAAAUUUUAAUUAUGUGAUAUACAGCUCAUUCUCGGAAAA